AUGGAGGUGAGAAAGGAAAAACUGGGAGACAGGAUUACAGCCCUUCACCAGCUCGUCUCCCCUUUCGGCAAGACUGACACAGCUUCAGUGUUGUUGGAAGCAAUUGGAUACAUUAGAUUCCUUCAACGUCAAAUUGAGGCCCUUAGCCUACCGUACUUGGCCACUGGAUCAGGAAACAUCACCCAACCGCAACCACAACCACAACCACAUAAAUGUGAAGAUGGGAAGAAGGAUUUAAAGAGUAGGGGGCUGUGCUUGGUUCCAUUAUCAUGCACACUAGAUUUUGGGAGUGAGAAUGGAUCUGAUUAUUGGGCUACAUGAAUGAACUUGGGUAAAAUUAUUGAUGUGAGAUCAUAAGCAGUGAGUUCUUAAAUUUCAUGAGAUUCACUGCGUAUGAUGAUGAUAUGCAUUUUUUUAGUUUAGAUUAGGUGGGAUAGAAAUGUUGCACGUGCUUGCAACCAAAAUUUAAAAUAACUUUAUGUAUAAUUGUGUUUUCUGUGAACACAUGGUCCACCAAACUAUAUAAAUAAGAAAACGCUCUUGGAAUAUUUGUAAUUAAGUUUUAGGGGAUUAUAUUGAUCUCUAAUUUGGA